UGAAAUAUUGUAUGUUAAAGAAAUUGAAGAGGGUUAUGGAAAGUAAUUUAGCUUCUAUCCUUUAUCUUCAAUGAUAAGGAUGGCAAAGGUGGCGUUAGAUGCAAAAGUUUAACAAGUCGGUCUCAGCGCUAUGCUCUCAAUGGACAGCGGCCGAUUUGUAAAGUAUCCCUUCCGAUAUUAAAAGUCUUAUCCCCACUACGGGAUUUUCCAACUUGUGUUUACGAUCGUCCAGCGUGGACAGUUUCGUCCAGUUUCGUUUGUUUUGGAUAUGAUAUAUCUAUGAAUGUCUAGAGUUGUUUAUAUGUUCAUGUUCAUUAGUAUUUGAUACAUAUGGUGGAUCAUAUAAUACCAGAUAAACAAUUAUAACUUGAACAGAAUUAUAAUUUAAAAAUGAAGAGAUCACACUCAAAGACGAAAGAGACGAGAGAAGAUUAUAGACAUUCGAGAGAUUCCGAUCGAAACCGAGAUCGAGAUAGAACUCGUGAGCGUAAUCGUGAUCGUGAUCAGGAACGUGAUCGAGAUCAUUAUUAUUAUGACAAUAGAAGUAAUAGAAAGAAUGUUUCUCAUAAGAGAAAUCGUAAUUUCGAAGAAACCAAUAGAGAAGAGCGGUCAUACGAACGACACAAAUUAAGGGAAGUAAAAGAUCAUCGGGAGGCAAAGGAAAAUAAAAAGAAGCCAGAAAGGAAUAAAAUUACAGAUAAAGAAAUGGAAAAAGAAGAAACAAAUGCUUCGGAUGAAGCAAGACAAAAUAGAACAGUUGAACUUUUAACAUCAAGAACAGGUGGUGCUUAUAUACCACCUGCAAAGUUACGAAUAAUGCAAGCUGAGAUUACUGAUAAAUCAGGAGCUGCAUAUCAACGCAUUGCAUGGGAAGCCCUAAAAAAAUCUAUACAUGGUUAUAUUAAUAAAGUUAACGUCAGUAACAUUGGACUUAUAACCCGAGAACUUUUAAAAGAAAAUAUUGUUAGAGGUAGAGGUUUGCUUGCUAGAUCUAUUAUACAAGCUCAAGCAGCAUCACCAACCUUUACAUCUGUUUAUGCAGCCCUCACUGCAAUUAUUAAUUCUAAGUUUCCAAAUAUAGGAGAAUUACUAUUAAAACGUUUAGUAAUACAGUUUAAACGUGGUUUCAGAAGGAAUGACAAACCUCUGUGUAUAUCUUCUGGAACAUUUAUAGCUCAUUUGGUAAAUCAAAGAGUAGCACAUGAGAUUGUGGCUUUAGAAAUUUUGACUUUAUUAGUGGAAACACCAACAGAUGAUUCGGUAGAAGUAGCAAUAGCAUUUUUAAAAGAAUGUGGCAUGAAAUUAACAGAAGUUUCUAGGAAGGGUAUUGAGGCUAUAUUUGAAAUGCUAAGAAAUAUAUUACACGAAGGACAAUUAGAUAAACGAGUUCAAUAUAUGAUUGAAGUUAUAUUUCAAGUUAGAAAAGAUGGAUUCAAGGAUCAUGAAGCAGUUCCAGAAGAACUUGAUCUCGUAGAAGAAGAGAAUCAAUUUACUCAUUUAAUAACAUUAGAUGAAGCAACAGAUUCUCAAGAUAUAUUAAAUGUAUUUAAAUUUGAUGCAGAAUAUAUUAAUAAUGAAGAUAAAUAUAAAGAAUUAAGUAAAGAAAUACUAAAUUCAGAUGUCAGUGGUUCAGAAAGUGAAGAAGAAGAUGACGAAGAAGAAAGUUCUGAUGAAGAUAGUACUGCUGUGGCAGAAGGAAAAGAAGACAUAAUAGUAGAUAAUACAGAGACAAAUCUAACUGCACUCAGAAGAACAAUAUAUUUAACAAUACAUUCAUCGCUUGAUUUUGAAGAGUGUGCACACAAAUUAAUGAAAAUGCAACUAAAACCUGGUCAAGAAACUGAACUCUGUCAUAUGUUCUUAGAUUGCUGUGCAGAAAUGAGAACGUAUGAAAAAUUCUUUGGAUUGUUGGCUGGUCGGUUUUGUGCUAUUAAUAAGAUGUAUGUCACACCAUUUGAGCAAAUUUUUCAAGAUUCAUAUCAUACAAUACACCGUCUAGAUACAAAUAAAUUACGUAAUGUAUCAAAGUUUUUUGCUCAUUUACUAUUUACUGAUUCUAUAUCGUGGGAAGUAUUAUCUUGUAUAAAAUUAACUGAAGAGGAUACAACAAGUUCCAAUAGGAUAUUUAUAAAAAUUUUGUUUCAAGAACUUUCUGAAUAUAUGGGACUAUCUAAACUUAAUCAACGUGUGAAAGAUGUUACGUUAAAACAUGCAUUCGAAGGGUUGUUUCCCAGAGAUGACCCUAAAAACACACGUUUUGCAAUCAAUUUCUUUACAUCCAUUGGUUUGGGUGGUCUCACAGACGAUUUAAGGGAACAUUUAAAAUCUCAUCCAAAACCUGUCAUAAUUCCAGUAUUAGAACAAAAGAGUGAGAGUGCUUCUGAUUCUUCUGCGGAUUCUUCUCUUUCUAGUUCAAGCGAAUCAUCGUCAUCUUCAAGCUCUUCAUCUAGUUCAAGUUCUAAUGAUUCUGAUGUAUCUUCGGAUGAAGACGUGAAAAAAGGAAAGAAAAAAUUGAAAAAAGAACAAAGAAAGAAACAAAUGAUAAAAGAAAAUAAAAAGAAACAUAAGAAAAAAGAGAAAGCUAAGAAAAUGAAAAGGGUCAAAUGAAAUUUGUACAUAAAAAAUUAAGUGAUAAAUCUCUUAUAACCUCAAUGUACAUUUUUGGAUUUGUCUCUAACUUUACAAAUAUAAUUAUGAUUAGAUUGCGGAUAGCUCUUACAAUUUAAUUAAUAUGAUAAUAGAGCCUCAUUAUUGUGUAUGUACAUAUGUUGUCAUAAUAUUUUUUAAUCUGAAUAAAUAUAUUUUUACCAAUAA